CCUCGCUCUGCUCUGCCCCCUAGAAAAAGCGCCCCGGUCUCCCGACCGAUGUGACGGUGACAGCGGCAUCGUCAGAGCCCUCUUGGUACGUGGCCAUGAGUGCCGCUGGCGGGACGCUCACCUCUCGGUCGGGAAACAGCUUAAAGGUAAACAUUCUGUCCUGUUCAACACACACGCACAGCAGUCACCAUCACCUGUUGGUCUGUAUGUCUCUCUGUGUGGCUGCACGUGUCUCACUCACCAGCCUGCCUCGUCUCCUCCCUCCGCCAAUGAUGGCCAGGCCGUUGCCAGGCGCCCGUUGCCGCACGGUCGCAAACUGCUCCGACGCAGCCCCCGGUUGACACGACUGCCCGUCGCCCGUCCAGCCAUACAGACAGCGGCAGACAAAGCUUCGCACCGAAACCAGGGAUUGCUGCUGCCACCCUGUGACCUUGGACAGCUCCGCCGCUAUCGGGCGCCGUGCUGGGGCGGUGUUGACGGGGUAGGCACGGUUGUGGUCGACCUCAAGAAGGCAUCGCGCGUUGGGGUCGCAGAUCUGCGAUCCGCAUGGCUGGCCGGCAGCAGCAGCAGCUGGGGCGCUGAAGGGAGGCGGGGACCGGAUCCCCAAAAGACCUGAGUGGGGACUGGGGGGGAGCUGGUGCACCACAUUGGGAGGGGUCUGAGGGGUCUGAGGGGCAUUGCUGCCGCCGCCUUGUUGUUGUGACUGUGACGACGUCGCGUUGAUUUUGGCGUCGUUGACAAUCUUGGUUCUCUUCUCGUCGGCUGGCGAGGGGUCCUCGACGGCCUGCUUGUCACCCCCUCCCACCAUCAUUUCGGCGUCAUCGUCCUCGGCUCCAUCAUCGCUCGUCUCAUCCGCGUCUUGGGCGGUGUCGACGGCACCAAUCAGCGAUUGAGACGCCUUCUUGUUGACGACUUGGUCGGCGCUGUCCCUCAAGUCGUCAACCGAUAUCUUGUGCUCCCCAUCCCCGGCGCCGCCGAGAGAAAUGAUGGAUGAAGACGGCUUGCCGUCGUCAGCAGCAGAUGGCUCCAAAAAGGAGUCUGAUUUCUCCUUGGUUCCCUCAUCUGUGCCCUGGCUCUGUGUGCUGUCUGUGUCGUCAUCGAUCUGCUCUUCGGUGGCGAGCAGAGCGCUGAGGAGGUCGACUGGCGGGGAUGAGUCGGAGAUGCGGCUGAUGAUGCCGUUGAUCUCGUUCUUCUUUUUCUCGGCAGCCUUGGUAUCCGUGUGCGGGCCCGCGGCCUUUGCCUGCGACCCGUGGCUGUCAAUGCCUCCCUGCAGAAUCGCCAAGGCCUCCGCAAGCGCAUCCAUGUCCACAUCGAGGGCAUCUCCCAGCGAAGGACCGCCGUCGUCGGCUAUCUCAUCCUUCUUCUCCUGCUUGUCGUCUCGCUUCUUGCUGCUGGCGUCUUUGUCCUCCUGCUUGUCGUCUCGCUUCUUGCUGCUGGCGUCUUUGUCGUCAUUGUCGUCUCGCUUCUUGCUGCUGGCGUCUUUGUCCGUGCCGGAGUCGUCCGCGCAGUUUGGGCCUUUAAUGACAAAGGGGAUCAUGGCCGUCAUCGGCUGUUCCUUCUCGCCGCUGUCAGACGUGUUGGCCACACCGGACACAGUGAGGAGGGAGUUGACGUUCGACACAGACACGGGACCUGACAACCAAAGAUGCACAGACAGACAGACAGACAGACAGCAAACAAGUGUGAAUGUGUGGUCUGCAUGAUCGACAUGAAUCCCUCAAUCCAUCUCUCUGACUGACCUUCGACGGUGAUUGCGAAGACGGCCUCCUUCAAGCUCUCGCCGUCAUUGUCAGGCACGAGCAGCUCGAUGCCCCCCACGUCCUCGGUCUCGCUGUCGACUUCCCAGUCCAGCCCCCCGUCCAGCCCCUUGACAGGCGGGGUGGACUCAAAAUGCACACUCUUGAUGUGCUCGCUUGAGCACCCGCACACGCCCAGCGUCACGCUGUUGAAGGGCAGGCCUUCCGCCGACCUGAAGCGGUACCUGAAGGUGGAGGUGUCCUUCUUCAUGUCGUAGGCCACAUCCACAUCGGGAUAGUCCCCCAGCAGCGGAUCAAACACGCCCAUCACGUACUCGCUGUCCUCCUUCUCCGUCAGAAGGGAGAACGGCGCGUUGCAGGCACACUUGUUCCGGGCGUAAGGGCCAAACCCGCAGAACCUGCAGCAUUCCUCCCCCCUGGCCUGGCAGCCGAGCCCGUCGGUCUUGCCGAACUUGCAGCUGGGGUCGUACAUGAUCGGCUCUUCCGUCGUCGACUUGAGUAGGCAGCUCUCGGGACUGCAUAAGGACUGCAGCUGCGCAUGGGCGGCCGGGAGGAAAAACGGGACAGUCAGCAGAAAAACCACGAUGGGAUCAACAACCAUCGGCAUAAUCGGGACGCGGGGGGUUUCAGUCGGCCUGACAAGACUUGGACCAAAGCACAGGACGCGUCAG